AUGAGACAGAGUCGCUGCUCGAGUGCUAAUAUUGAGCAGGUUGGAGCCGGUACAGUCCGAGUCGUUGUGGCCAACAACACCGAAUUCCCCCUCAACCCGUUCGGGGAGACGUCCACCAUCGUCUCGCCGGACGCGACUGUUCUGGCUUCUCCCCAGCUCAUCCCGCCAAGCAGUCAAACUGGCAAGGCCGGAGCGUUCCAGACCAAGCCCAACCCGAGUCACCCUCUGCUGGCCAUUUCGGUCUACGAAACCCCAGAUCCGAGCAAAGUGUUGAUUUUCCUGGUCGUCUACUCUCCCGACGGGAACAACAAUAUUGCCAAGUCCGGAUUCUAUGACAAGUCCAACACUACCGUGAAUGCGGCACUCCUCAAGCAUGCCAGCGAAAAUCCACAUCUGAGCCCUACUAACAAGUUCGACUACAUUGACGACAAUCAAAACCAACGUACUCUCACGGUUACGGGCUCUAUUAGCUCUGGUUUGUUGGUCAAGGCCGGCUUCAAGAUUACUUCUAAAGCUUCUGCUUGA